CCCCUCUUCCCCCACCCGGAGUGGCCGGCAGUCCCCGGCAGGCGCGCGCCGGCGGCAUUCAGCCCCAAGAGCUCGGACCCGGGAAGCUGGGGACAGUCAGCCGGACAGAAGUAAUCAAGAAGCCCCUGGAGGGCCUGAGGAACCAAGGCCCUGCUUCUCCUGUCUGGUUGCCCUGGGCCGCCUGGAUUACUCAGGGAGGUGGGGGGCUCCCCAGCCACGGUGCUGCAGCUGUGGCUAAUCUCUCUGGACCAGGAUGUGGGCAUCUUGGGCUCCUGGCCUGUGGCUGCUUGGUCUCUGGGCCACCUGCAGCCGUGGAACAGAUACAGGUGGGCAGUGCCCGCCUUCACAGCAAGAAGGGCUCAAGUUGGAAUACAGAAGCGACUUAUCGACCAACGUGACUGGCUUCAACCUCAUCCACCGACUCAACCUCCUGAAGACAUCUGCCAUCAAGAAGAUCCGCAACCCCAAGGGGCCCCUCGUCCUGCGACUGGGGGCGACCGCCCUCACCCAGCCCACACGACGAGUAUUCCCUCGGGGCCUCCCCGAUGAGUUUGCCCUGGUGCUGACGCUGUUGCUGAAGAAACACACUCACCAGAGCACGUGGUAUUUAUUUCAAGUGACCGAUGGAGAUGGGUACCCACAGAUUUCCCUGGAAGUCAAUAGCCGAGAGCGGAGCCUGGAGCUCCGGGCCCGGGGCCAAGAUGGCGACUUUGUGUCCUGCGUCUUCCCAGUGCCCCAGCUCUUCGACCUGCGUUGGCACAAGCUGGUGCUGAGUGUGGCGGAACGCGUGGCCUCUGUGCAUAUAGACUGCACCUCAGCCUCCUCCCAGCCCCUGGGGCUCCGGCGACCCGUGCAGCCCGUGGGCCAUGUCUUUCUGGGCUUGGAUUCUGAGCAGGGCAAACCUGUAUUGUUUGACCUUCAGCAGGCGCACAUCUACUGUGACCCAGAGCUCGUGCUGGAGGAGGGCUGCUGCGAGAUCGUACCGGGCGGGUGUCCCCAGGAGACCUCCAAGGCCCGCAGGGACACCCAGAACAAUGAGCUCAUCGAGAUCAAUCCACAGACAGAGGGCAAGGUCUACACCCGCUGCUUCUGCCUGGAGGAGCCUCAAAGCAGCAAGGUGGAUACCCAUCUGACAGGAAGAAUCAGCCAGAAGGCAGAAAGGGGAACCCAGGCCCAUCGGGAGACAGAAGCCCAUGAGUGCCCACCUUGUGUCCCUGGUGCCCAGGAGAGCAAUGUCACAAUUGGUCCCUCUGGACCCAAGGGAGGGAAAGGUGAGCGGGGCCUGCCUGGUCCAUCAGGAUCCAAGGGAGAGAAGGGAGCCCGGGGCAAUGACUGUGUCCGAAUCUCCCCGGAUGCCCCACUUCAGUGUGCAGAAGGCCCGAAGGGAGAGAAGGGGGAGGCAGGAGCCUUGGGACCCUCAGGACACCCAGGCUCCACAGGCCAGAAGGGCCAGAAAGGCGAGAAGGGAGACGAAGGCAUCAAGGGCUUGCCGGGGAAGCCAGGCCGAGAUGGCCGGCCAGGGGAGAUCUGCGUCAUGGGGCCCAAAGGGCAGAAGGGAGACCCUGGCUUUGUUGGGCCUGAGGGGCUGGCAGGGGAACCUGGACCCCCCGGCCUCCCUGGGCCCCCUGGGAGAGGACUUCCUGGGACCCCGGGGGACCCAGGUGGCCCUGCAGGCCCUAAGGGAGACAAGGGCAGCUCCGGGGCACCAGGAAAGGAAGGUCCUGGUGGGAAACCUGGGAAGCCUGGGGUGCCAGGGCUGAAGGGAGAGAAGGGUGACCCCUGUGAAGUGUGCCCAACGCUGCCUGAAGGGUUCCAGAACUUCAUGGGCCUCCCUGGAAAGCCAGGCCCCAAGGGGGAACCGGGUGAUCCUGCACCAGCCAGGGAGGUCCUGGGAGCUGCUGGACAAAAAGGUGAUCGGGGAGACCCUGGCAUCCAAGGCCUCAAAGGAGAGAAGGGGGAGUCCUGCCUGUCCUGCAGCUUAGCUGUAGGGGCCCAGCAUCUUGAGCCCUCUACAGGGGCCAAAGGAGACGUGGCCUCCCCUGGCUUCGGUUUGCCAGGCCUUCCGGGGAAAGUUGGGGCUCCGGGGCCAACAGGGCUAAAAGGAGAGAAGGGUGAUUUCGGGGAGGCAGGGCCAGCCGGCAGUGUGGGGCCCCCAGGGCCGGUGGGACCAGCAGGCAUCAAAGGAGAGAAGGGGGAGCCUUGUGAGCUGUGCCCAGCCCUGUCCGAGCCUCAGGAUGGAGCCGGCCACAUGGUGGCCUUGCCUGGCCCUCCUGGAGAGAAAGGAGAGCCUGGGCUUCCAGGCUUCGGUCUACCAGGAAAACAGGGCAAGGCUGGAGAGCGUGGAUUGAAGGGGCAGAAGGGUGAUGCUGGGAAUCCAGGAGAUCCUGGAACGCCGGGCAGCAUGGGUCAGCCGGGACUGUCAGGAGAGCCUGGGGUUCGGGGCCCCACAGGGCCAAAAGGCGAAAAGGGCGAUGGCUGCACUGCCUGCCCCAGCCUGCAGGGGGCGUUGACCAACAUUGCGGGACUGCCCGGGAAGCCUGGCCCCAAAGGAGAGCCGGGCCCUGAAGGUGUGGGCCGGCCUGGUAAACCGGGCAAGCCUGGUCUACCAGGAGUUCAAGGGCCCCCAGGACUGAAGGGCACACAGGGAGAGCCUGGGCCUCCAGGAAUGGGAGUCCAAGGGCCCGAGGGGGAGCCUGGAGCCCAGGGUUUGCCUGGCGUUCAGGGGCUUCCAGGACCUCGGGGACCACCUGGCCCCACUGGACAGAAGGGAGCCAAGGGAUUUCCAGGGGUGAAGGGAGCCAUUGGACCUGUGGGACCUCCUGGUGCCAGUGUCUCUGGGCCUCCGGGCGCUGAGGGGCAGCGAGGACAGACUGGCCUUCCAGGAGCCAGAGGGAUGCCAGGUGAAAAGGGAUCCCAGGGAGAGAAGGGCGAGGCGGGGGAGUGCUCCUGCCCCUCCAGAGACCUGGUCUUCUCUGGCAUGCCGGGUGCUCCGGGACUUUGGAUGGGCAGCUCCUGGCAGCCGGGCCCGCAGGGUCCUCCCGGUGUUCCUGGACCACCAGGCCCCCCUGGAGUGCCUGGGCUGCAGGGAGUACCUGGAAACAACGGCUUGCCAGGACAGCCUGGGCUGACUGCGGAGCUGGGGUCCUUACCCAUUGAACAGCACCUCCUGAAGAGCCUCUGCGGGGACUGUGUCCAGGGGCAGACGGCCCUCCCAGCGGCCCUUCUGGAAAAAGGAGAGAAGGGAGACCGGGGCAUCCCCGGCGUGCCAGGCUUUGACAGCUGUGCCCGGUGCUUCGCAGAGCGGGAGCGCCCGAGAGCCGAGGAGGCCCGGGGAGACAACAAUGAGGGAGAUCCAGACUGUGUCGGGAGCCCUGGCCGGCCUGGUCCUCCGGGACUGCCUGGCCAGAGAGGAGAAGAGGGUCCACCUGGCAUGAGGGGCUCCCCGGGUCCUCCAGGCCCUAUUGGCCCCCCAGGUUUUCCUGGUGCUGUUGGCUCCCCCGGAUUGCCUGGUCUUCAAGGAGAGCGAGGCCUCAGGGGCCCGACAGGGGAGAAAGGGGAACCGGGUCCUCCAGGGCAACCUGGCUACCCAGGUGCCAUGGGCCCCCCAGGACUGCCUGGCAUCAAGGGAGAGCGUGGCUACGCUGGGGCCCCAGGAGAGAAGGGGGAAUCGGGGCCGCCAGGAUCCGAAGGCCUCCCUGGUCCCGUAGGCCCAGCGGGUCCCCGAGGAGAGCGAGGACCCCAAGGGAACUCGGGUGAGAAGGGUGAUCAGGGAUUUCAAGGCCAGCCAGGCUUUCCAGGCCCUCCGGGUCCCCCUGGAUUCCCAGGCAAAGCUGGAGCACCUGGACCACCCGGCCCCCAAGCAGAGAAGGGCAGUGAAGGAAUGCGAGGCCCAUCAGGCAUGCCUGGUCCCCCUGGGCCACCAGGAUCUCCUGGGAUUCAGGGCCCUGCUGGCCUGGAUGGUCUGGAUGGAAAGGAUGGCAAGCCUGGCUUGAGGGGGGACCCUGGUCCUGCUGGCCCGCCUGGACUCAUGGGACCCCCGGGCUUCAAGGGGAAAACAGGACAUCCUGGCCUUCCAGGGCCCAAGGGUGACUGUGGAAAACCAGGCCCCCCAGGCAGCAGUGGCCGGCCGGGAGCAGAGGGUGAGCCCGGUGCCAUGGGACCCCAGGGAAGACCCGGCCCCCCCGGCCAUGUUGGGCCACCGGGGCCUCCCGGCCAGCCAGGCCCAGCUGGGAUCUCUGUAGUGGGCCUGAAAGGAGACCGGGGACCCACUGGAGAAAGGGGCCUUUUAGGCCUUCCAGGCCAGCCGGGCCCACCUGGACACCCUGGGCCCCCGGGUGAACCUGGUGCCGAUGGUGCAGCUGGCAAAGAGGGACCACCUGGAAAACAGGGACUCUAUGGACUUCCUGGUCCAAAGGGUGAUCCGGGACCUUCAGGACAGAAGGGCCAGGCAGGAGAGAAGGGAAGAGCUGGCAUGCCUGGUGGGCCCGGCAAGAGUGGCUCCAUGGGGCCUGUUGGGCCACCGGGUCCCGCAGGAGAGAGAGGCCACCCUGGAUCUCCGGGGCCUGCAGGGAGCCCUGGAUUGCCCGGGGUGCCUGGCUCCAUGGGAGACAUGGUGAAUUAUGAUGAAAUCAAGAGGUUCAUCAGACAAGAGAUCAUUAAAAUGUUCGAUGAGAGGAUGGCUUACUACACCUCCAGGAUGCAGUUCCCCAUGGAGAUGGUGGCAGCUCCAGGACGACCGGGGCCCCCAGGGAAGGACGGUGCUCCAGGCCGGCCAGGCGCUCCAGGAUCACCUGGGCUCCCUGGUCAGAUUGGCAGAGAAGGACGGCAGGGCUUGCCAGGAGUGAGAGGAUUGCCCGGUACCAAAGGUGAAAAGGGGGACAUUGGUAUUGGCAUCGCAGGAGAAAAUGGUCUCCCUGGUCCCCCAGGUCCUCAAGGUCCUCCAGGGUAUGGCAAGAUGGGGGCAACUGGACCAAUGGGCCAGCAAGGCAUUCCUGGCAUCCCUGGUCCCCCAGGCCCCAUGGGCCAGCCAGGCAAGGCUGGCCACUGUAGCCCCGCUGACUGCUUUGGGGCCAUGCCAAUGGAGCAGCAGUACCCACCCAUGAAAAACAUGAAGGGGCCUUUUGGCUGAAAUCCCCAUCUCUGUCAGAUGAAGGACUCCAUUGGGCACAAAUGGCUAAAACUUAUAGGACUCUGUGAUGGGUUGUGAAUGUUUGGGUUUUUUUUAAUUGCUAUUAAUAUUUUUUUAUCAAUAAAUAAAGAAACAAAACUAUCUGCA